CGCUGAGGCCGCACAGACCGGACAAUUUGAGCGCAGCUACGCACAAGAGCCAGAUCAAAGAUGCUGCUGUGGAUUCUCAUCCUGUGCCUCCAGUCAACCAGAGGCCAGCCGUCAUCAGACAUUAUCACACCGGGUCCUGCCUCGGGCAUUGUAUUGAGAGAGCAACCGGGACUCCUGAUCACGAAUUGUCGGACGUACACCCAGAAAGUAUACGUUCGACUCGACCCCCGCAACGUCUACAGAGCACACUACCCCCGCGCAGUAGCCCAGUACAGCUGGGCCGGUGCCCGUUGGACAGAGGAUUCCCUCCAGCACGCCGAGGCCGAUGUCAAGCACAUGCUCAACCAACUUGAGAAGAUGACUGUUACCCAGGCGGAACUAGGUGGACACAACCGCCGCCCCAAACGUUUCCUGGGAGCGCUGCUCGGAGCCGCCGCUGCUGUUGGAACUCUGUUCAACAUCGGUAUGUCCAGUGUCAAUGCAGUAAAUAUAGCCACUGUGAGACGGCAUGUGGCUGAAAUUCAGACUGAACUUCCACAGCUAAAAGAGCAACUCACUACACAGAGUGCAUCCUUGCAAACCAUUGGAAAGACUUUGAAAGGAACGGUGGUCAUUCUCAACACCCACAGCGUGCUUUUGAACCAGACCAUGAACUCCAUGAAACAGCUGUUCACUGUGUUCCAGAAUGACUUUGCCCAAACGCAGCUGGUCACAGCAUUAAUGACUGACAUGCUACGGGAAGUGAGUUCUUCCAUCGACAGUCUAGCCAUGGGAAGAAUUCCACCAUACCUGAUACCCCUAAGCUUGGUGCAAAAUGUGCUGGCUUCCGCCAUCACCACACCCACUGAUCCUAUGCAAAUCCACCUUGCCUACUCUCUAGGUAGUGCUAUUCCCCUUUACGUGGAUCCUGAGCAGAAGGAGAUGAGUUUCCUCCUGAACUUACCCAUCAUAGAGUCAAGCCGAAUCUACAGACUCAAAGACAUUGUUAAUGUGGGGUUCUGGAAGGAUAACACUCAUAUCAAGAUACGUACCCCUGAGGUGGUGGCGUACCAUGACAGCAACACCCAGCUGUACUUAGCCCCAAACCUGCACAUGUGCACCCUAACUAAAGACAUUCACUACCUCUGCCCCAGCAAGCCAUUUCUCAGAGACAAUACUGAUGGAAUCUGCGGGUUGCAACCCAUGAUCAGCGACACGCGUUGCCCUGCCGAUGCCCAGCCUCGCAGCCACGUCACCGAGACGCAAGCUGAGAUUGUAGGUGAUAGAUGGCUCGUUAACACUCCAGUACGUACCGCUACACUGACCUACGACCAGCAUGACACAGCCACCCGUGUCAAUCUGCUCGACCAGAGCAUGUGGAUUCAAGUCCCACGAGGGGCCAUCCUCCACCUCGACGAUCUGGCCUUAUACCAUCUUCCGAGUGAAGAGUACCAAUCAGAACUAGAAAUCCCAUCCUUCUUCAAGAACUACAACUUCACCCUAGGUCCGGAGUUGGAACUGUGGAUUGAAAAAGGCGGGCCUCAGCUCAUUGACAUUGCUCCCGUCGACGCAGCCCUCCAAGCCUUGUCUCGAUUACCCAUCCUGAACACCUCACCUGUUGUCCAAGCCUGGACUGCAGCUGACACAGCACUGUGCAUCUCCAUGGUCGUCGGCCACACCCUGACCCUUGGCGUGGCCUUAGUCCUAUACAGGAAACUCAACGAGAUGCGAAUCUCUGCAGCUAAACUCAAGACAACUAGGAUUGGAAGUCUCCGAUGGAAACCCCGAAGGGAAGGUAACACACCAGAGACGGAUAAGGACCUCAUCGAGUUGAGUCCUCAGCCCUAACAAACACCUGCUACCCGACUGUCAGGAUUCACCUGCCAUCCGACCAUGGUGGUGGGUGUUGUCCGAUAAUGACCACAGGGCAUCAUCCGACCACAAAGGGGGAAUGUAACACCAAUGAGCGGAUGGUAUUCAACCAUCUGUUCCAUGUUAAUGAACCCUGACCCCUUUUGACACAUUCUACACUCAAAGACCAGAACGUGAGUUAAAGAAAAAACAAGGACUUUCGUUUU